AUGGAAGUAGUGUGUUUGAAAGUUUCAAACUUUGGAUUCUUUUGGCUUUUAUUGAUUGCUGCUUUUACUAGUAGGCAGAAUCUUCUGCAUUUUAUACACAUUUUCUUGACUCAUCAAUGGUUCUCGUCUCUUUAUGAUAGUGAAUUGGCAGAAGUUCCUAGCGUUGUAUUACAUUCUCCAGAUGUCAAGCGUGAGAUAAUGAUGCUUUCUAUACCUGCUAUUGCGGGGCAAGCACUUGAUCCUUUAGCACAGCUUAUGGAGACUGCUUACAUUGGUAGAUUAGGCUCUCUGGAGUUGGGUUCAGCUGGUGUUUCUGUGAACAUCUUUAAUUACAUUUCAAAGCUAUUUAAUAUUCCUCUUCUCAGUGUUGCCACUUCUUUUGUUGCUGAAGACAUUUCAAGAAGUGAAAAUAAUUCUUCUGCUUCAGAGACGCACUUUCUAAACAACAGUAGCAAUGGUAGUAGACCUUUUGAUGUAAUAGCAUAAAGAAAACAAUUACCAU